AUGAAGGAAGAAGAAAAUUCGUCCAGUUAUUUUAACUUUCUAUGGCGCGCUCUUCAUGUGUCCAAAAAGUACAACCUAAAAUUUCAAAGAAGAUUAUAUGAAGAGCUUUUACACACCCAUUGCUACGGACAGGGGGAAAACACUGUUAUCAUUCCUGAGGAAUCUUAUUUAAAUUAUGGCGACUUAAACAUGUUAUAUGAAUAUACAAAAAGAAAAUGCCAAGAUGAUAACUGUGAAAAUGUUGUAAAAUAUGGAUAUAUCUAUGCUUGCUAUAAAUUGAAGAAGGAAAAAAGGAAAGUUAUUCUGCUAAUGCUUCUGGAUGAAGAGUACAUAAAAUACAAAUGCAAGCAGGAGGUUCAUGAAAAGUACGAAAAAAAGAAUAUAAAAUUUUAUGAAAAUAACUUCUACGACGUGAAAAAGCUUCCAGGCCAUAGUGUUGGAUAUUACAUUAUGGGGAAGUUGUAUGAAAAGGAAGCUAAGAAUGAGUGGUUUAAUGAUACGAAAAAGAAGAAAUUAAUAGAUAUAGCAUUUUAUUGUUAUUAUUUGUGUUUUAAAUCAUGCCCUCUUUUAUUUUGCGCAUUUAAGAAGCUACUAAAGCUGCAUGGAAACUUUUAUUCUAAUGCUAUGUUCACGGAAGAAGUAGAGAAGUUUUCGAAAGUGUAUAAUUUUGGAGUUCUUUUUUACCAGUCGUGGGGUGUGUGUAGCGGGGUGGAAGAGGAAGAAGAAGAAGCGGAUGAGGACGAUGAUGAUGGUAGUGAUGAUGAGGAGGAGGAGGAAUACGGCGCGCACGAUGAAGAAGGGUAUAGCGAGGAGGAAGAAGAUGAGUACGGUGAGGAGGAUCUGGGCGAGUGCGAGGGGGGGGAAGAAAUGGAUGCGUAUGACGAAGAGGACACAGAAGAGUUUGAGGUAGAGAAUGCAGAUAUGCACAUGACGAAAAAUGCUGAUUCCCAUUGUGAUGAGAAAAGAUCGUUCCAUAAGGAUAAGAGUACCAAUUGGCAUGACACCAUUUUCGAAGAGUUAGAAUUCGGAAAGGAUACAAAAUCCAUAGAUGUGAAGAGCGCGGAGUUUAUUCUAUCAUUAAUAGGAGAAGAAGAAAUGAACAAGUCUUUUUCACAGUGGGAAAAUAUGUUCGAAGGGGAAAUAAAUAUGAUCGCAGGCGACAAAGGAACUGAGUACAUUUCAAACAAAGCAAUAAUAAAUUUAUCAACAUUAGGAAAAUUGUAUUAUCACUUUUAUGUAAAUAAUUUUAGAAAAUGCUUAAGGUUAAUAGAGGAGUGGGAAGACAGACCAAUUUUUAGUACAUGCAUUUUUUACCUUAAAGGAUUAUGUCACUUUUUACUUAGGAAUUAUGAGCAGGCGAUUAUUUUUUUUGAAAAAAUUCAUGAUAUAGAAUGUUUUUACACGAAACAUUUACCCUUCCUAUCAACGUGUUAUUGGUACAAAGGAGAUAUAGACAAGAUAGAACACAUUUUGAUGAGUUAUGAGAAGAAAGAAGUGAAUGAAGAUUUUUUAUGUCUUAUAGGAAAUUAUUUUUCCCUAAAAAAGAACAAAAGGGCGGCAUUAUAUUUUUUCAGAAAGGCAAUGAAGAAAAAUAAGUUUUACGAAUAUGCCUAUAUUCUAUACUCUUGUGAAAUGAAACUUUUGGGAAACAUGCGAAAAGCAGCUUUAGCAUUAUCCAAGUGUCUACAAAUAAAUACGUGUAAUUUUAAAGUACACUUGUUACUUAGCGUUAUAUUAUUUCAAGAGAGAAACUACGAGCUAGCGAAUGUGCACUUGAGUUUAUGUCUGAAGAUAAAUAGUAGUGAUGCACUUGUGUGUAUGUACUGCGCUUCAAUAUAUAAUCAUCAGGAGAAAUACGAAACUGCUUUACUAUGUUUAGAACAUGCACAGAAGAAUGCUUAUGAAGGAAUUGAUCUGUUCAUUAUGCAGGGUGUCAUAUUUUUAAAAAUGAAAAGAAAUGAAGAUGCUUUGAGUAGCUUCUCAAAAGCUCAAAAAAUGAACCCCCUUUGCAGUUACGUUAAAGUGCUGAUUGCAUUUACCUUAAUGCUAGAAAAGAAAUUUGAAAAAUCGGAAGUAGCGAUAAAGGAGUUAAUUCUACAGGAGGAAAAUGAUGUAAACCUAAAUUUUUUGAAAGACAUUUACGAAUGUUGUAAUUUAAAAACGGUUCCAAACGAGAGGACUCUAAAUAAACUAGAGUUAUUUCUUAGGGAGGGUAGUUUUUUGGAAAGCUUUGGCAUGAUCGACAAUGCUAAUCAGCGGUGA